CAUUUCUGUUCGGAACCUUUUCUAAACUCGUUUAAAUUAUUUUUUAUUUCACAAUUGAAUAUUUCAUUUAUAUUUAAAUAAAAAUGAUUUGAUAGGCUCUCUCUAAUGAUUUUUAAUCAGUUGUUGUAAUAUUUGAGAUUACGUUACUUAUAUUCAAUUCUUUGUAAUAAUUAUCGAUUGCAAAAUGAGUUUGGUGGGGAAAAAAUGCGAAUCAAUAUCUUUACUGGAAUCUAAUAAAGACGAUGUAAUUCCGAGUGAAAUAACGCCGGAAGAUGUUUUGAGAUUGGACAGGAUUACCGAUACAUAUCUGUGCAGUCCUGAAGCGAAUGUAUACGACAUAGAUUUUACAAGAUUCAAAAUAAGAGACUUGGAGACUGGGACUGUUUUGUUUGAGAUAGCAAAGCCACCUACCGACUUCGGUGUGGACAAUGAGGGCACGGAGGACGCGCCCGAGGAGCCUCUCGAUCCGAAUGCUGGCAGAUUUGUCAGAUAUCAGUUUACUCCACAAUUUUUAAAAUUAAAAACAGUUGGAGCUACAGUUGAGUUCACAGUGGGUUCACGUCCUGUGAACCACUUCAGGAUGAUAGAGAAACACUUUUUCAGAGAUACUUUGCUCAAAACAUUUGAUUUUGAGUUUGGUUUCUGUAUUCCUUUUUCGAGGAAUACUUGUGAACAUAUAUACGAGUUCCCAGCACUGCCACCAGAUCUUGUUGAUGAGAUGAUAGCUGCACCAUUUGAGACAUGCUCUGACAGCUUCUAUUUUGUGGACAAUCACCUUGUGAUGCAUAACAAAGCAGAUUAUGCUUACAAUGGAGGAAUCAAUAAUUAAUGGAAAUUUAUAGCUCAAGGGUAUGGCCUUAAAUUUGACAUAUUUUGAAAUCUAUUUAUAUUGGCACUAAGUAAUUAUGUUGUUACCAUAUUUCCUAUAAAAAAUUGUCAUACUAAAUUUUAGAUGCUGGCACUACAUACAAUGUCUUUUUAUUAUUUUAAAGAAUAGAGAGUAAUAGCUAUAUAAAGAUUUUUUAGGUAUACUGUUCACUACUUAUUUCACUAUAAAUAUUAGACGAUUUUUAUGUAUAAAUUUAGAUAUCUUAAUUGGCCAUGAAAAUAAUAUAGACCAGUUGUAAUACUAUCAUUUUGGAUCAGUCUACUACGGGCCACAGGUUUUUGUUUAUAAUGCAUUUAUUUUAGUGUGACUCACCAAGUAUUGUGCUACCUAUUGUCUGUAAGAUCUUUAAAACUAUACAAGGGACUUUUUUAUAUUUUUCAUCAAUAGAUAGUGAUUCAAGAGGAAUAUAUAUAAAUAGUUUAAUAUUAUUUUUACAUCAAUUUGUUAAAAUAUGACUAUAAUUGUUUAAGAUGUUGAAAGAAAUCAAGUCGACUGAGAAUUUUCAUUGAAUGUGAUACCUAAUCUGUUUGAGAUAUAACAAGGUGUGGUGGAAUUGUUUUUCUUUUAAAGGUCUCCUAAAAGUUCGCGAUAGCAUAUCCACCUUUUAUGGAUAGCUUACUAUACCUAUUUAAUUCGAACUUGAUGUAACAAACUGAUGCAAAAUAAUGUAAACAUAUAUUCUGCUACCUGUGCGAAGCUGGGUUAGGUUGAUAGUUACUGAUGAAUGUUGUAGUGCCGGUGUUUAAAAUAUUAUAAAAGUAAUUGUUUAUCAAUAGGUACAUUCCAUUUUGUGAUAAAUUAUUUAUUUUAAUGUAAUUAACUAUGUGAUUUAAAUUAUUGUGAUUUUUACUUGGAAUUUACUUACCUUUACAUUCCAAAAAACAGGCUAGAGCAAGGAUAUAAAUAUACUUAAGUAAAUAACUUCAAAAUUAUAUGUUAGAAAGAAGUGUAUUCGAGUAUAUAUGUAUUCAAUAAAAUAUUAAUGUGAAUUUGACUGAUAUGUUGGUGGCAUUAACUUAAAACUUUCAAUAAGAAAUAUAUACAUGAUGUUCCAAAAGAUAUUUAACUACAAAAUUAUUUCGAUAUGUAUCUAUUUCUAAAAUAGGUAUAUUAUCUGCAUGUUACAGACUAUCAAUUGUUUGUUUAUUAUUUAUGAUUACAUUUUUACCUUAGAAUUAUUAUCUGACAUUUUUUAAUAAUAAAUAAUACAUUAUUUAUUGCAAUAUUUUGCAGUUUCUACACUAUACAAAUUGAUCUAGAUUGAUCUGGUGGGGUGAAGUUGUGGACAUCUAAAUACCCAAUUUAAUUCAAGUGGUGUUUUCUGUGAUUGUAUUUAUGUGACUUUAUUGUUUACUUUCAUAUUUUGUAAUUUUUUUUUUAAAUAAGUAAAUAAUAUUAUAUUUGACAAUCAAUUUGUAUGAUGUGGAAGUUGUUAUAAUUUAGUUUGUUACCUACACUUAGUUAUCACUAUUUAAGCACCAAUGAUUAAUGUUCACGAUUUAUUCUGUUUGGUGUGAAACACUUUGUAUUGUGAAUAGUCUAAGUGGGUGCUCUUCAAAUGAUCUAUAAAUUCUAGUCACCUGUUAGUUAAAAUUUGCUUCUGAAUUUAUUUGAAUAAUUGUAUAGAUUGGAUUAAUAUUGCAAAAUACAGGGAGUGGGGAUUAAUGAAUAGAGUAAAGGAUAGUAGGUACUUACUUUUAUAUAAUGGACAGUAUAAAUAUAACUUUUUUUUAUAUAAUUAAGCAACUAUAUUUGUAACAAAUUUCUAAUAUGAUUACAUGCAUUAUUAUGAAACGUUACAUAUACAUUUUCUUAAACCCUGUUCUUUGUGUAGAAGUGUCGUAAAAAUGAGAGCUUAAGAACUAUUCAUUUUUCCGACUUUCAUUUACCUACUAACAAAAUGCGUUUUAGAUAACCAUUUUGAACUUUGGCACACCAGUCGAUCAAGGAAAUUAACGAAAAUUAUCACAACUUAUAGAUAAAUACUGAUUAUAAUUAAAUAAAUACCUAUUAUGUACUGUAUAUAUAUAUAUAUAUAUAUAUAUAUAUAUAUAUACAUAUUUACCAUUGAUGUUUCUUCCUUUUCUAAUGUAAACUGGUAAUUUUUAUGACAAUGAAGAAGCUGUUAUAAACAAUUUAAAUAACAUAUAAAGACGGCAAGAAAUAAUAAAUUGGAAUAAAAUGUAUUGGAAAGAUCUAAUUUUAUGCCGUCCAUUUACUUGUUCUAUUAAACAAGUAAACGCUUUAACAUAAAUUUUUAAGGAACGAACUUAAUGUGUUCACUAUGUAAAAUUAUAUUUUUUGUUAAUUUAAUUUGGUGUGUUACCUAUUCAUGUGUACUUAAUUGGUGGAUGUGUAUUAUUGAUAGAAAACAAGCUAUACAAGUCACUGUAUGUUGCAAUUUUGUGGAAUUAAAUACACAUUUCAAUGAAAUAAAGUUUAAUCAUUGACACGA